AUGGCAAACCCAUAUCAAGUUCGUCCUUUCGCGGUGGAUCCAAAGCGUGUUCAUCGCGGUUCAUUGAGCCCGGAUGAUGCAGCUGCCAUGUCUGGGGGACGACAGCCAACCGUCUACGACAACACCGAGAUAUUCUUUCAGCAGGUCAAGACAGUCAUGACCCACAUUCCCCGCAACGGAUCACUAAGUUCUCUCGAUUCUAUCCCCUCCCAACGAUCCUCAAAUACAUCGUGGGUUUCCAAUUAUACGCAGCCUACGGUACCCUCGCCAGAACCAGGCACUUUCUCCCUUGGUUCGAAACCUUCCCAUCCCGGCUUGCAACGAGGCCCAAUCUUCAAGAGAAUAUCGCAAGGAGUGUACGACUGUAUACUAGAGCAAUUACAAGACCUGCACUCGGACAGACUGUCACCGAGUUGCGCAACAUGCUAUAUGCGCGAUCUCGUAGCUCUACAACUCACAAGCCGGUCAUGGGACAGGGCAGUCCGAAAGACAUUAUAUUCCAAAAUACAUAUCUCGGACAAUGAUUCUCCAACCCAGCUGAAGAAAUACAAGAUGAAAUAUGGUACAAGGCUGAGGUUGCUACGACGGACAUUGCGGGAAAGGCGGAUGCUUGGGGCUCUUGUCAAAGAGCUCACCGUACCGGAUCCGGCAAUACCACCUUUGUUGCCGAACGCCAGGCCGAAUCCUGGGUUUGUAGAAUAUCGAGAUCUCCUUGCCUCGCUGGUUAUGGUGUGUCCGAAUUUAGAACGACUCCAGGGUUUCUACACUUUUUACAACCACGAAUUCGAUCGUCUGACACACGCUCUGUCGACUCGAAGAAGACUCAAGGAGCACGUAUGGAUAGUCUCUGAAAAUCAAGCCGUUACAGAACGAUCACAUUACCAGGUCUCACCAGGCCUGUUAGAUGAGCAUCAGGUCUACCAAUUCAUGCAUUAUCAUUACGCCUGGUCUCAGCUAGAAACCUUGAUGUUCUGUUCUCCAGGUGGCACAGGGGUACUCGAGCACGAACUAUUUCUCAGAGUAUUCCCACUCUUACCCUCUCUAAGACACCUUUGCGUAUCCUGCUUUGAUGGAGACGAUUUUAUGGACCAGACUUUGCUUGCACUUCCAGCACUAAUCUCUCUACGGCUGGAGGAAUGCCCAGGCAUUUCCGGAUCUGGUCUCUCUCGUUGGGCUGCCUCGCCCGCUGCGCACACAGUGGAGUCUCUCACGCUUAUUCACCAGAAUCUGGGGGAACUCGUAACGAUUUCUAAGAUUCUGACUUCACUGCCCCAGCUUCUGAAAUUUACCAUCGUUCAAGCAGAUAUCAGUCCGGCUAUACCAGACAGUAUUAUGAUCUUUCAGCCUAUUCUGGCCUCGCCAACACUAAAGCAUCUUCACUGGGAUGUAGCCCCCUCUGGUCAAUACACCUCUACCAAAUACUAUGCCGACUUACCACCAUCCAGCCAGGGGAGUCAAACGGCAAACUCUCAUCUCGCAGCUUCCAUCCUCCAUGCCGGAUUUCCCAAUUUAGUUGCUCUGCGAGCCCCUCAAGACCUUGAUCCUCCAGGUGUCCUCCAGGAGGUCUGUCGUCCUACCACAAAUGCCUCGAUUCUGCUUCCAGCUGACCGGUAUGGCCUACCUCCUAAGUCACGAGGAAGCAAAUCGGCCAUGCCAGAGGUUCUCCCAACGAACAACUCUCUGCAUGCCGCCCGCGUUCGUGCCCAGAGCUACAUUGACUCCGCUUCGAAAUCCGAGAAAGAGUUUUGCAAGGUCAUUAUCACCGACCACAGCAACCAAGAAGCAUCAAGCCAUAAAUCAAGUUCCUCCAACCAUUCCGUAUCCACAGAUCCAACAGAUCCAGGAGACCUGUUCUCUGAUCCGCAAGAUCCCUGUCUCGACACUGGCGCUGAUCGUGCACUUUCUCCGAUGACUCAGUCCAACAAACAGUUCUCCACCGCCAUUUCAUCUAUGCUUGAUGCCUCAUCGAGUGAGGAAAAGACUACAUCCGUCUGUCGCAGCGACCCCAUGCAGCCCGUCAAACUUCAUGAAUACAGCUUUGCUCCUUUCCUUGGGCGGGUAUCUGUCUCUGUCUCAUCACCUGCCUCCUCUGUUCUCAACCCGCCACGCUUCAAUCUCCUACCUGAUGUCCCUGGGUAUGAUAUGGAGGGCGGGAUUAUAGGUUGGGCAGACCUCUUGAGGCUUAAAGAGAAAGAUGACCGGGCUGUUAAUGGACCUGCGUGGAUUAGGGACGGAUGUACGGGACGAUGGAACCAGGGAUGCGCUCGAGGUCCAGGAUGGUGGAGGCACACGGAGAGGGAGAGAAGGAGUGGAAGGAUUAUCGGAACGGGCCACUUCUUUUAG